AAAUGCCUAAGCAGCCGGAGUCUUUCAGCGUGGCUCAGGAGAUAGACAGACUGGAGGAGAAGCUGUCCCAGUGCAGAGAGACCUUGGAAGAAGUGGAUUUUAAACUACGGAGAAAAGAACUGACUCCAGAGGGAAGAAAAUCACUGGAGAAGGAGAAAAACCUGCUAGCAGCCGAAGCUGAAAACUACGAGAAAGAACUGAAAAUGCUUCGUCAGGCAAAUCGCAAGAACGCAGCACUCUCGGUAGCCCUUGUAGUUUUGGUGGUGGUGAUUUACACCUGCUGGACUAUGUGAGAGA